AUGCCCAAGAAAAUCUCGAGGAACUACUUGAAGAUCAUGCGCCGGAUGGCAAAAGAGCGGGAGCUGAUCCACAAUCUCGAUCACGUGCUGCCAGACGAAUAUGUCGCGAUAUGCGAAGGAAAAACCUGGCGUGAAAGUGAAGAUGAAAUGAGCAGCCUGCAAGAUCUGCUCAUCGCCAUGGGAUGUGCUCAGUAUACUGAUGUAAAGAUAAUGCCUGCAAUACCUGGCAUCCAAAUGACUCCAGAAUUAUUUGAAGAAUUGCUAACGUUAGUUGGACCUCGGAUUCAGAAAAAAAAAGUUUGUCGAAUCCCAAUUUCACCUCGUACAAGAUUGCAGUUGACUUUGCGCUGGUUAGCAUCCGGUGACAAUUUAGCAUCUCAUUCAUAUGCAUUUCGUAUUGCACCCAAUACAGCAUCCAAAAUCGUUGCUGAUGAAUUCGAACAAAUCUGUUAAUUUCCAAACUGUGUUGGCUCUAUAGAUGGGAAGCACAUUAUCAUUCAGGCACCACCGAAUAGUGGUUCAUUCUGCUAUAAUUAUAAAAGUAGUCACAGUAUAAACCUACUAGCUCAUGACCUUGCUCGAUUAUUAAAUACAAAUUUACUUCAACUGCCUGUGGCCAGGCAUUUGAAUGAUAGUGAAUUCAAAUUUCCGUAUGUCUUAAUUAAGUCGGGCAUAGAGAACAGUCGAAUGUGCGUUUGGGUUAUUAGCGGCAAGAUGGCGAAUUUUUCGUCGGCCAAUUGUUGCUCACAUAUCAACGGCCAAAUUAGUCGUUCAAGCUGCAACGGCCAUACAUAAUUUUAUGAAACGUAAACUUCAAUUGGAGCCAUCGGAAAGAAUGUAUUCUGUUUUAAGUGAUAAUGACCGAAAUGUAAUGUCAACUGGAAUUGAAAAUAUACGUAAUUGCAGUGUAUGAAGGAACGUUGAGGUUAUACAAAUUAGAGAUGCCUUUGCUACGUAUUUUGAAACUUCAAACCCACUUGAUUGGCAGUGGAGGAAAGCUCUAAACAAUGAAUAUUA